CUGGAGUGGUCAUCUUUAAAGUCUAAGAACUUUACUAAGCUGUAUCUCUAGGUUGACUCGUCUGGUUUAAUUUUUUCAGAUACACAGUAUAAAUUAAAGUCUUUAUUUCAGAAUAUCGUAUUCGUAUUUGAUCUCUUCCAUUGUUUUGGCUUUCUUCUAUGGAGUCUCCAAUUCCAUACACAUAUUGAAUCUUCUUCCCCUGUAUUCUAUUCUACCAUUUUCUCUCUACUCUUUAACUCUUUAUUGCCAUUCUAUUUUAUUUGCCUUUCUCACUUCUCUCUUCCAUGUCCCUUAACUAUGAUUUUCGUAACUGUCUAUUAUUUGUAUUCUUUCCGCUUCAUCUUUAGCUCUCUGAUAUUUUGUUUUUCCUGAGUUCUGCCAGCCUUGCUUCGUCUCCUGUUAUCUCACCAUCUUUUUCCUGUGUUCUCUUUCUCUUCAACUUUUUAUUUUGAAAAAUUGCAAACUGACCAACAUACUGGAAGAAUAAUACAAUGAGUAGCAAUAUAUUCUCAACAUAGUUUCAUCAACUGUUAUCAUUUGCCAUAUCUGUUUUGCUCUCUCCACACACACACACACCACAAAAGUAAAUUGCAGACAUCAUGACACUUCAUCCAUUAAGACACUGGCCUGCACCUCCUAAAAUGAGAACAUUGUCCUACUUAACCACAAUACUAAUUUAAUAAUUCCAUAAUAUCAUCUAAUAUGUAGUCCAUAUUCAAAUUUCCCGUCACCCCCAAAAAUGUUUUUAAAUAUGUUUUUAAUCUAGUAUCCAAACAUGCAUUGCAUUUGGAAAUGCCUUUUUAUUCUUUUAAUGUAGAAUAGACCCCCAAUUUUUCUCAUGACUUUUACUUGUUUCAGAGUACAUGCCAGUUUUUUGUUUGUUUUGUAAAAUGUUCCAUAUUCUAGAAUUGUGUGGUUAGUUCUUUAUAUUUCAUUUGUUUUAAUAACUCUUGUAUUUCCUACUGGAAAUGGGAAAGAAAGUGCCAGUCAGGUCUAAAGGUUUGACGAGAUUCAGAGUACACAUUUUUGACUAUAUUGUGUUUUUCAUGUUGCACUCCAUCAAGAGGCACAUGAUUUCAAGCGUCUCACUAUUAGUAGUUCCAAGUUUAAUCACUUGGUUAAAGUGGGUAAUUGCCAGGUUUUGCCGAUAUAAAGGUACAUACCUUCCCUCUGUAAUUCUAAUUAAUCUGUAUGGUGAAUGGUGAUACUUCAUCACCACAUGAAUAUCCCAUUCCUCAAUUACUUUUUAGCAUCUGUUGAUGAUCUUUACCUGAAUAAACUAUUACAUUAGAGGUCCCAAAAUGGUGAUUUAAAAAAAUUUUUAUUUGUGUUCUUAUAUAUCUAUUUUGUGGUCCUCCUUCACAGAAGCAAUUAUUCAUUUUUUUUUAAAUUCAGUGACACAAUGUUUGGACAGUUUCAUCUGCUCUGUGGCAACGUUUUCCUGGUGACUAUUCUGCAACUGUGGAAAACUUUUGCUACUCUUUUAUUCUUUUACUUUACAGUGGAUUUAAUUUGAUACUGUGUAUUACUCAUUAUUGAAUAGGUGGUCAUUUGCAUGAGGCUCCUGCAGAGGGGGACAGAGUAGCCUUCCAGACUUCCAGGCUUCCAUCAGCCAGACAUAGGCUGCUUCCUGUAACUACUGCUCAUCCAUGGGAUUAUCUGUGUAGCCCUAUGUGGAGGAUCCUAUCGCCCAACCUUUAUCUAUGCAGAAUUCCAGAGGCCCUCAGGGCCAUUGUUGGAGAGUGUUCAUUUUUAGGUGUUUCUACAUACCAAGCUGAAAGCUGUCCCCACUCUCACCCUACAGUGCUUCACCCCUGGUCCCUAUCUUGCCCUCUGGAGUCCCACACACACAAAAAAACUUAAUCUCCUGUUUCGGCAAAUAUGAAACUAUGACACCGCACUCAGGCUUGGUGGGUUCCAAGCCAGCCAAGAGGCAAGUGUGUUUCUGAAGACUACUCCCUUGCCUCACAUCUAAAGGUUUACCUUGCCACUGGGAUGGGAGGAAGGAGGCUCAGUGCCUGGUGCCUAGUCAUUGCUCGAUCAUAAAGACCUAGCUGAGAAGGUCACAUGUGAGCAAAGACUUGAGGGAGGUAAGUGAGCUAUGAAGCUACACCUCUGCUUCAGGCAUGCCUCUCUCUGCCAUUCUCUUUCCAAUGCUGCUGCAUUGCCCAGAGCUCAGCUCUCAGCCUGAGACACACAGCCAUAAAACAAAAGUAGAGCUGCCAGAAAAUUGGUGAGGGGAAAAGCCUGUGCAUCUUCCUUCUUCCUCAGCAAGUUUUCCAAGCUACAGGGGCUCCCCCAGGCUGCUGGCCAGGGAGUCUGGACACAAACCUCCACAGCCAGGGUGCCCUCAGAGCUGCCCUUUGGAGAAAGACACCCCAAACUUCCUAAGAGCCCCAUCCUCGCAGGCUUUUCUCUCCAGAAGUAAGCGUGUUCCUCCCCGGGGACCCACACAUCCUAGCUUGGGGAUAGGACAAGAGUUUCCCUAGUACAGGCGAGAAAGACACAGGAAGAACCAUGGACACAUUCCCUCCUGACGGCUAAUGACAUACCUGCCCUGUCCCACAACCCCUUGGGAUAUGCUACCUAUAUCCGGGAAGGAAAGUCAACACUUGAUUCUUUUCAUUCUUGAGGGCUUGGGGGCAGAUGGAGGUGACCCACUAGGCAUAGGGAGGGCACCCUCUUAAGGCAUCAAAGACUGAGCAGAGGAUGAGAAGGGCUGGAGGCCCUGUGCUGGGCCCAGGAAAAGGUUGUCUGUGGGAGCGCUCAGUGCGAGGCAAAGGAGAGAAACAAGUUCUCUUGUCCUAAGCAGCAAAGCUGUAAAGGAGAGUGAGUGGCACCCAGAAAGGUUAAGAAAUUCAGGAGAGUCAGGGCAGGCCAGGCCAUACAGGCUGUGGUUCCUCUCCAGUUUGGGGCCAUAGUCAGUUGCACAAUCCUUCUAUUUGCAUUCUGGUCUGGACCAUCCGACAGAGUAGGACAUUUCAGGCCUGCUCCAGCUCCAUUUGUCCUGAAACUCUGCACUGGAAGGUUACUGAAGAAAUUGCCCAACAGGAACUGAACAGGGGAGGGAAUCGGCAGGCAAGCCAGGGGUGUGCUGGGACUCUCGACUUCUGCUGCCACACAGGAAGAUGGAGGCCCACAACGCGUCAGCCCCACUCAACUUCACCCUGCCACCCAACUUUGGCAAGCGCCCCACCGACCUGGCAGUGAGCAUCAUCCAGGUGUUCAUGCUGCUCAUCAUGAUGCUGUCACUGGGCUGCACCAUGGAGUUCAGCAAGAUCAAGGCUCACUUCUGGAAGCCGAGAAGGCUGGCCAUUGCUCUGAUGGCACGGUAUGGCAUAAUGCCCCUCACUGCCUUCGUACUGGGUAAGGUCUUCCGGCUGAACAACAUUGAGGCACUGGCAAUCCUGAUCUGCGGCUGUUCGCCUGGGGGGAACCUGUCCAACCUCUUCAGUCUGGCCAUAAAGGGGGACAUGAACCUCAGGAAGGAUUGGGGCAUCAUGAUAACCACAUGUUCCACCUUCUUGGCCCUGGGCAUGAUGCCCCUCCUCCUGCAUGUUUACUCCAGGGGGAUCCACGAUGGGGACCUGAAGGACAAGGUACCCUAUAGAGAAAUUGUGUUAUCGUUGGUCCUGAUUCUCAUUCCUUGCACCAUAGGGAUCUUCCUCAAUGCCAAACGACCACAAUAUGUAUGCUAUAUCAUCAAGGGAGGGAGGAUCAUCACUCUUCUGCUCAGCGUGGCCAUCACAGCACUCUCUGCCAUCAAUGUGGGCAAGAGCAUCCUGUUUGUCAUGACACCCCGCCUGUGGGCCACCUCCUCCCUGAUGCCUUUCAUCGGCUUUCUACUGGGCUACAUUCUCUCUGCUCUCUUCUACCUCAGUGGAGAUUGCAGACGCAUUGUCAGCAUGGAGACUGGAUGCCAAAAUAUUCAACUCUGCUCUACCAUCCUCAAUGUGACCUUGCCCCCUGAAGUCAUCGGACCACUUUUCUUUCCUCUCCUCUACAUGAUUUGCCAGGUUGCAGAAAGGUUUCUCCUGGUUGCCAUGUUCCGGUGCUAUGAGAAAAUCAAUCCUUCCAAGGAUAAAACAAUCUACACAGCUGCCACAACUGAAGAAAUUAUUCCAGCAGCUCUGGAAAAUAAAGAGGAGUGCUCCCCUGGCACAACCUAG